CCGGUCUCCCUUCAGCUGCUAGCAAUAAUUGAGUGACACUUCCGUCCUCGGGAGUGCAAAUUGUCAGACCAUAAGUGAUUUAUACUUUGAUUCUUUUUUUUCGACACAAUUCAACGGUUCCCUCGUCUGGGCGUCAAUCUUUCUGGCACGGUCCUGAUUGUCUAGAUUUCAACAAUUCGGUUACGGUUUCAUAAAUUACGAAAUAGUGUAGAAAAAUGCCUCCGAUGGUGGCGAAAGUGGCGCCCGAGGCGAACAAGCAUCUGAGCGAUAUCACGGCUAUUGUGUACUGCCAGGAUCAUAUUUUCACUUCCGGCGGUGAUGGCAAGAUUAAGGUUUGGACCAAAGAUUUAACUCUGAAGAAAGAGAUAGAUGUGCACGAGGCCUGGAUUUACGCCAUGGCGGCUGACUCGCGGGGCCGGAUAUAUACCAGCAGCUGUGAUGGGACGAUUCGUUGUCUGGAAAAUCCUCUGCAGUCAGACGCAGUGAAAGAACUGCUGAAGUGUAGUGAUGAAAUUGAAUCUCUGUUUGUAGAUAGCAGGGAUAAUCUUUAUAGUGGAGACGAUAAGGGGAUUAUCACUAUGUGGGUGGAGCACAGGAUCAAGUUCAAAUUCAACCUAGUAGAGCAGGUGCGAUCGAUGGCCAUCCAGAAUAACUUCAUCUAUUCGAUUCGGGACAAUGAUCUCACUAUAACGGAAUUACUCGAAGGUUCUUCCACCGGUAGGUAUAUAACGAAAGCGAGCAUCCCAGGAAAAUGUCCCGUUGUGUUAUGUGGAACCCGUUCAAACGGGGCCUACAGCAAUGUAGCUAUUGUAACGCGAGAUGGUUUAGGUGUCACGUUUAUCAAAAACAAUAACAAAGAACAAUUUCCAGUGCUGUGGACCAAAGAGAAUGCUCACAACAUGAUCAUCAAUUGCUUGCUGGGAGCGGAUGAGCUGUUGUAUACCGCAGGUUACGAUGACUCCGUGAAACAGUGGACCAGUUUGGAGAAAGAACCAAAAAUCGUCGCUCAAGUGAACGCUGGUAGUGGGUGCAUCAAUGCUAUCUGUCUGGGACCGGAUAAGUCGACCGUCUACGUCGGCGGAAGCGAUGGUAUUUUGAAGGUGGUCAAAUUUUCCUAAUAUCCGAUCUACGCUAGCAGCGACAGCAGAAGGCUGGAGAGCAGCUGGAAGUUUCGUCAAAAAGUGCCAUCAAUCAAAGAUUAACCAAAGGUGGAGAAUUUAGCGUGAAGUUUUUUAAUCACUGGCAAGCUACCUGAUACUUGUCGAUGAAUUUGUUUGUGUUGUUGACUCGAUUGAGAUUAUGAUUGGGAAUAAAAUCAGUUUUUCACCCGGUAUUGUAAGUAGUUGACUCUAGAUGAAUUGAAAGAGUAAUAAAAAUGCCGGAGUUCGCACUUUUA